CUCUCCACUAAUUGCUCCCGCCAUUUUCCCUUUGUUUAUCUUCGAUGCCGGAGAUUAUGGCCCGCCAUUACAGAUUAAUUAUUUUUAAUUACAAUUAUUAUUCCCUCAAAAUUUCAUUAGAUCCGAAGGCCAACCGGUCAAAUCAUCACUUCAGUUCUUGAAAUUUUUGGUUACUUUUCUUGGAUCGCCGGCCAACCUCACCCACCCACUCCUAUCUCCUCUCAGAACCUGCAUUUACUCCUCCAAUGGCGUCUGAUACCAAGUUAAAGAACAAUCAAGUAGUUUCUACUAUGAUCAAGCAAGGCUUCAUUUCCGACCCUUUCUUUUCUUCUCCUUCUCCUCCUACUUCCCAUCAUCAUCUUCCGGCCGCUAAACUCGCCGUUUCUCCGCCGCCGGCGUACAUCCCUGCUUCGCCUCCGCCGGCUCCGCCCAGCCCGAACCCGAGCCCGAGCCUCUUCGAGAUGAUGUCCAAGGAGCAGUCUCGAAACUUCGGGCAAUCCCCCGGGCCCGAGGCCCGGCACCGAGUCCAGGAGCGAAUCUCCCGGGUUUUGGCCCAUGCACCGUUCCAAAGCCCGAGCCGGGCCGAUGGCAAUUUCGUUGAUGGUUCUGGGGGUGGUGGUGAUGUUAAGCUGACGAUUGCGGCGCGUGAUGGGUGGCCAAAGGUUUCUAUGGACGUUCAUCGGAGGGUGCUGGCCGGCCGGAGCAGAUUCUUCGCGGAGAAGCUCCGGCGGGAUGGGUCCCACUCGGUGGAGAUCCUGGAUUGCGAUGACGUGGAGGUGUAUGUGGAGACUGUGGUGCUUAUGUAUUGUGAGGAUUUGAAGAAGAAAUUGAUUGGUGAGGGUGUUUCUAAGGUCUUAGGGCUCCUAAAGGUAUCUUCAGCUAUCAUGUUUGAUGAGGGAAUAAUGGCUUGUUUGGAGUAUCUGGAGGCAGCUCCAUGGUCUUCAGACGAAGAGGAGAGAGUAAUAACUCUUCUGAGUCAACUUCAUCUUCCCGAUUCAGCAACCGAUUUGCUUCAUAGAGUAUUGCCAGAGCCUUCAACGUCUUCUUCGGGAACUGAUGACGUCUUGCUGAGAUUGCUAAGCAGUGUUUUACAGGCCAAGGAUGACAGAGCCCGUAAAGAGAUGAAAACUGUAAUUUCUCGGUUGCUUAGAGAAGAUACUAUCUCUAGCAAUAGCCUCGAUGUUUCGAGGGACAUGCUCUAUAAUCUUUGUAAUAGGUGUCUUAGUUCUCUAUUAGUCUGUGUGUCCGAGGCAAUGUGUGUGGAUGAAAGUGGGAAGGAUCGGGGAGUCAUAAUGGGCGAGAUAGCUCGCGAGGCAGAUAAUGUUCAGUGGAUCGUUGAUAUCCUGAUUGACAGGAAGAUGGGGGAUGAAUUCGUGGACUUAUGGGCGGACCAAAAGGAGCUUGCUAGUCUUCAUUCCAAAAUUCCCACCAUGUACAGACACGAAAUCAGCAGGGUCACAGCACAGCUCUGCGUGGCAAUUGGUCGAGGGCAUUUAUUGGUGCCAAAAGACGCACGGUACUCUUUGUUAUCGACCUGGCUGGAAGCGCUCUAUGAGGAUUUCGGGUGGAUGAGGAGAGCGUGUAGAUCGAUCGAUAAGAAGCUGAUCGAGGACGGAUUGAGCCAGACGAUUCUGACCCUACCGUUGCCUCAACAACAAGCGAUCAUGCUUAAUUGGUUCGACCGGUUUCUUAACAAGGGCGACGAUUGCCCCAACAUUCAGAAAGCAUUUCAAGUCUGGUGGAGACGGGCUUUCAUUAAGCAGUAUGUGGCCGAGUCUCAGCUACAGAUAGCUCUCUGUGAUUACACAAGUUGAUGGCCCAGAAAUGCAAGAAUUCUUCAUUCAAUCAUGAAAAAGACAAACAAAUAUCUUUAUUACAGUACUAUGAAUGUUGGAAUGAAGAUCAAAUUGUAUUAUUGACAAGAAACUGUUGUGACUGUUUUUCAUAAAGGAAAUUAUCCUUCUUGGAAUCAUCUGCAGACCAAAUAAAGAUCCCAUGAAGUUUCCCCUGGCUCCUUAACUUGCUGCAGGCCUGAAAAAACCCUUUUUCGGGUUUUAAACCACCACUAUCAUCAGUGCCAAAACUCACGAGAAUUGUUCCUCCUGCAUAGUUAGCGGUCUGGGUUUCAAAAUACUGUAUGAACUGAGAAACCGUUGUGCCCUUGGCAUAGGCAUAAAACUGGAAGUUAACAUAGUCGAUUAGAUGGCCAUAUCUCUUCCAGAGUGCUAAGUAAUAAGGCUGCACACUGUCAUCAUCGUAUGGCGCUAUAGAUGUGUACGAAACAACGUUGUUCUGUUUAAGGUAGAACAACAAUCUGCCAAUGCACUCCGCGAAUGUUUCAGGAUCCGAGUUGAAGUGUUCGUAGUCUAUAUCGACUCCAUCCAGGUUAUACUCUUUCACAAGGUUAGUAAUUGAAUAUAUUGCGUUUCUGACCCAAGAAGUUAUUGAUUUAGGUUGGAAGAACACGAAUUUACCCCCAACAGAAUCCCCGCCAAGGCUCAUACCGACCUUGACAUUUCGGUAUUGGGAUUUGAUGGAAGAAAUUCGGGUGGGCGUGAGGUUUCCAGUGUCCCAGAACGCGCUGAACAACCCGUUGGUGGGCUGUGGAGAUGAAACAUCAUCUGUGUAAUCAAUGGCGAAGGAAAGGAGGAAAUGAAAGUCGAGUUUUGGAUGGAUUGGCACAUCAGAGAAGGUGACAUUCUUGUACUCUGCUCCGAUGUAUUCUCUGAAAAGAUUGGAUGAAUUUGCUGACAGUGAUUGAAGAAGGAGGAGAGUGAAGAGGAAUUUUAAGGAGUCCAUGCUUUGUAGAAAGCUGCAAGCUAGGAAUGAUGCAUUUAUGUUAACAAUUUUUGGAUGGAUUAUUUGUGGAACAUAGUUUAUAUUCUUUGUGACUUUGGAUACUGAAAUAUAUAAAUCCGGCCGCCGGCAAGUCCAGGCUAAAGGUGUGUUUGGACGGCAGGCUAUGAUUGGUCGGCCGGCGAAUACAUAUAGACGUUACUUGUUAUGUUCCAUUCUUGAUUACUAGCUAUUCUUAUUUACAA